AUGUACGUGCUUCUUGGGACCAUACUUGCCCUUCACUUGUUCGCGUUCAACAGCGCCAAAGUCACAGAGCCUCUUCUCCUUCCUCCUUUCGCUUUGCGUCGAUCACUCUUUCUGCCAGACGCACACAAUCACAGCCGGCCUGCUCCUCCAGUAGCCGCAAUCGUCUCAACCGGCAACAAGACUCACUCCCGCAGUCGGUGUAGCCUCAUUUCUCGGCUCCAACUCUCCUGUUGCCAGGCCACCUGGUCGACGAGGGAUAUACCAAUUAUUGAUUAA